AUGGUGAAUCUCUCAAUGGACAGCCAUGUACUUGACUCGCCGGCGGACUCGCUCGACAUGCGUCAGCCACCAUCAGGUUACACUACGAACGGAGGCAGCAAUCGCAACGAAAGCAAGUUCUUUGCACUUAGCAUGAGCGGUACUAACAUGGCUGGCAAGCCAUCACAGCUCGCUGCGCAUUCAGUGUAUGGAACACCAACAGACAAAAAUUACAAAACGUGGCCUUUCGUGACUGUCGGUUGGUGUGCCACCAUUGUCAUUUUUGCUAUCAUUUAUCACCAGUUGCCCGAGUACCGCUUAGGCUUUCGCUACAAGCUCUACUCACUCUUUGGUUCUUCCAUUGAGAAUGCGCAAUGGGUUGGUGGGCAUCGUGAAAUCGUCGAGUUUGUUGUCAAUUACUGGCUUAUAGGAUUGCCUUUUAUGGUUGGUGGUAUGGCUCUUGCCUUGGGUGACGCGCUGCCACCUGUGCCAACUGGAGGUCAUCGCACAGUCAUGCGCUUCCUUAAGCGUAAAAUAUUUGUAGGAACCAUCAAUAUCUCGUACGCCGAGUCCAUUUGCACGCUUGUAUUUUUAGGACUGAAUGCCAUUUGGUUUUCUGCCGUGUUCUCGCGCCACUAUGAUGGUCUCGUAGAGGCCAUGUCAACAGACUCUGCUUCUGUCUUUCGACUCGUGGGUCAAGUAUUCGGAUCCAACGCUGUCUUGUGCUUUUCGAUACUGAUUAUCCCCGCAACUCGCAACUCGUUUUGGAUGAUUUCUCUGGGCAUUGAUUACUCGCACGCCAUCAAGUAUCAUCGCUGGAUCGGAUUUUUCACCAUAUCGAUGGUGGCACUACACGCCAUUCCAUACUAUUACGCGUGGAUGAAAAGCGGCACGUUCAUUGAUUCGGCUUUUCCUUGUAUGGAUUGCGACUACGGAACCGUUGGCAAAGCGCGCUUACAGAACUUUUGCGGCCAGUUAGCAUUGCUGUGCUGCGGAAUUAUUGGAGUUACAUCACUGAAUCCGAUUCGCCGCAAGUACUAUGACCUAUUUUACUACUGCCAUCAUCUCUUUAUUCUUGUAUUAUUUUUCAGUGCGCUACACUUUUCACAAUUUGUCAUAUGGAUGUAUCCACCCGUGUGCCUUUAUGUCAUGCACCGAAUCUUGGCUCGAAGCCAGAGCCGAAUACCGUGUGAAGUUGUGGACCUUGAAGCUAUUCCAGGUGAAAUUACACGACUGGUGUUUCGAAGAUCUCCCGGUAAGUCGGGUCAUUACCAUGCAGGCCAAUUCGUAUAUCUUCGAGCUCCGUUGUUGUCAAACACACAGUGGCAUCCGUUCAGUAUCAGUUCUUCACCCAUUGAAUAUGAAGAUACAUUCACUGUGCAUGUCAAAUGUGUUGGAAACUGGACAAAAUCGCUGUAUGCGGUCGCAAUACAGGCGCGAGAGGAGCGCAAAAUGCCACUAUUUUAUGUUGAUGGGUUCUAUGGCAAGAUGUCAGAUGAUUUUCAGCACUACCCGGCCCUUGUCUUUGUGGCUGGCGGUAUCGGUGCAACUCCCGUAAUCAGUUUGGUAGGUAAGAUUCUCGACUGCAUGCGCAAUAAUGAUCCGAACAUGGAGUCAACACAAGUCUAUUUUCAUUGGACGUCGCGUGAGAUUGGUAUAUUUUACGAGUUUGAGCCUCUGCUGGAUGCUAUCGAGCAAUACGACCCGAAUCACGAUCGAAUCAAAGUUCGUCUCUGUUUCACGGGUGACCAGCAUUUGGGCGGCGUAGAUAUUCCCAAUGGUAUCACGCUUAAGCCUUUUAACGAUACAAGCAUGGUUCCCACCCGCCCAUUCUACCAGUCAUCGCGAUCGGUGCCACGUCAGAUGCUGCUCUUCUUUGUCAUCUUUACUUUCAGCUUUUUGGGCCUGUUCCUCAUUCGUCUUAAUUAUCCCAUACUGGGCGAAGGGCGAGUAAAUCAAAAUAUGUGGCCGAUGCAGCGGGUCGUUGAGGUUCUCAUUAUGAUUGCUGGUGCUGCUGUCGGCUGGAUAGUGGUGUUCACCGAGGCCAUGCCUCGAUCUAUGAGCCAUAGGGAGAAGUCCGGUCUGGUUCCCACCUCGGGCGACUACGCUCCGGACGAGACCAUGGCUGAUGAUCGCCAAUAUUCAGAGUAUUCGCAUUCGCUCUCAUUUGAUGGCCAGGAGGUCGAAUUUCAUCACCCUGUAAGUCGUUCAAGGUUAAAUGUCAAAGAGCUGUUCAGCGAAGUUGUCAAAGAGCAAUCGCAUAACUUUGCUGUCAACGUUACAGGCAUCGGCACGUGGGUUUCAGGACCCAUGGGCCUUAUCCAUGCUGUAGAGACAGAGGCUUCUAACUUUGCCGGUAUCUUUGAUGUGCACUUUGAAGAAUUUGAGAUGUAG